AGUCUCAUGGUUUCUCGCGAUGAUUCACGCUCCCCGCUCCGCCGCUUUAUUGCAGAGAUAAUCCCGUAGCAACUGCUUGACUUCGGCUGGUGGUGGAAGUGGACCGCAAUAAACAGAGGCAAGGUUGUUGGAAACUCCUAAACACCAAUCAUGUCAGAGUUGAGUGGGAAGUGCCUGACCGUCCUGGGUCUGAUGGAUCCAGACCAACUGGGCCGCACCAUGACCCAUGAACACCUGACCAUGAGCUUUGAGUGCUGCUACUUCCCUCCUCCUCCAGGUGACGAGGCGGUGGCGGAGAACCCCUUCAAGAUGCAGCACAUGCACUGGCUGAGACAAAACCCCUAUAGCUGCCAUGAGAACUUGCUGCUGCUGCAGGAGACCGCCGCCGUGCGGGACGAGCUGCAUGCCUACAGGAAGGUGGGCGGGGGCACAAUUGUGGAGAACACCACCACGGGCAUUGACCGGGACCUGCCCACCCUCAGGCAGCUGUCCAAGGACACCGGGGUCCAUGUCAUCGCAGGAGCAGGGUACUAUGUGGACUGCACCCACACUGAGGCCACCAAGAGAAUGAGUGUGGAGAAGCUCACAGACAUCAUCAUCAGCGAGGUGCUUCAUGGCGCUGACGGCACAGACAUCCGCUGCGGUGUAAUCGGAGAGAUCGGCACCGGCUGGCCCAUCACAGAGAGCGAGCAAAAGGUGCUGAGGGCCACGGCUCACGCUCAGGCCCAGCUCGGCUGCCCCGUCAUCAUCCACCCCGGUAGGAAUCCUGCCGCUCCCGCUGAGGUCGUCCGGAUUCUUCAGGAGGCCGGCGGUGACAUUGGCAAAACUGUCAUGUCACACCUGGACAGGACUAUAUUUGAUGAUGGCGAGCUGCUUGAGUUUGCGAAGCUGGGGAGUUAUCUGGAAUAUGAUCUGUUUGGAACAGAGAUGCUGAACUACCCUUAUAACCUGGAGGUGGACAUGCCCAGUGACAGCCAGAGAGUGAAGGCCUUGGCGUUCCUUGUGAAGGAGGGCUACGAGGACAAGAUAGUGGUUGCACACGACAUCCACACCAAGAACCGCCUCACCAAGUACGGCGGCCACGGCUACUCUCACAUCCUGAACAACAUUGUGCCGAAGAUGCUGAUGAGGGGCAUCUCGCAGCACCAGGUGGAUAAGAUUCUUAUCGACAACCCAAAAUGCUGGCUGACCUUCAAAUAAAGCAAAAAAAAAAAAAAAA